UUACAGUUUAAGUCAAGGAAAAAUGGAUGUAGAGACAGUUCUAACUAUGGGAGUUACGUAAGAUGUUAGCAUUUCCCCUAGCCUGCCGGAGGUUAGAGAUUUCACUCAUUGGAGAUUUGAACAACAUAGUUGCACUACAGGGACUGUCAGCACCCUUCGAUAUAUGCGAGGUAUAUUUAGGACUUGGUCCUUUAAAGUAUUUGAAUUCCUAGGUUCUUCUUACUUCAUCUGGACACCAAUCUCUACCCUAAUACAACUACAGGGUUUGCCUCAUGAAUUACGUCAAGUUUUCCGUUUUGUCCGGUUUUCUUGUUUUCUACAAUCAACGCGAGCAUAAAAUUUUUUGUGACGAAAUAAAUCCCCAGUAUUUUAGUUAAGAGUAAAAGAAACUAAACAAAUUAGGAGUGGCAUUUCCUACAGGAUGUAUGCAGCACACCAAUUCCUAGAUCCCUUUGUUGUUUAUUAGAGUUUUUAGUAGUUGGUUGUGUGAUUAGUCUUUGGUCUUUGAGUUAUACAACUGAAUUUCUUAUUCUUUUGCAACUUUUCAUUAACGAUCAGAAACCAAGAACUCCAGAAAACAUGUUGGUCCACUACUUCACUUAGCUUAAUUGCUUGUUAGCUGGGUCGCUAAAGGAAGAUUCAGUGAACCUGAUGGCGUGGUUCUUCUUUUAUUUGUUACUUGAUUUUUAUAACCAUAGGUUCUCUUAUUAGGAUAUUAGGAGAGCCAAAUUAUGGGUUAGGAAGUUUGAAAAAAGGGCUCUAUCACUUGCAAUUCUCUGGAUGGAUGUCAAUUAUCUGGAUGGAUGUCUCUGACCCUACGUUGAUCGCUUUGUGUGCUGCAGAACCCUACUCGGUUCCUCUGAAUUGGUGUCGCUUGUGUUGCCCUUGUUAGUGCAACAUUUAUGUGACCUUAUGGGUAACUUGCUAUGCUAUAUGUGUUUUCUUUUCGGAUAAUAUGUGUCUACGUUCUUGCUCAUGUAUGUCUUGCUGCUAAUUGUUGUUUAUUCUCCUUGAAUAUUAGAUAAGUUUUUGUUGAGCCAAUACUCGCCUGUAGCACGACGAAAUAAAUGGUUGAGAUUGAAUUACCCAAGCCUUGUCACACACCGAUUCUAUAGGCAAUUCCAUAUUUAUACAUUUAUGUUUAUUAGUGCAGCCUAGACACGUCCUUAUGAAGUAAGUUAUUGAUUGGUUGUGCAAUGCAUAAUGGAUCAACUGCCAGUAUACCAUCACAAUUCACAUAUAAGCAGAAUGGCCUGUCAACUCUUGUAUUAAGACUGGAUAUUGCACUACAAGAAUUUGUAUCUUUAACGACAACCUAAUUACGACGGGUCAAAAAUCCGUCGCAAAAGCCCUUUUGCGACGGGCUAACAACAGAACAAAGACGGGAACAACCUUCGCAAAUGUCUUUUACGACGGGUUAACGACGAAAUUUUCCAUUAACGACGGCCUCCUUUUAUGUGGGUUCGCGACAGGAAAUCCCGUCAUUAAUCAACGACUAUUGGCCUUUAGCGACGGGAUUUCCCGUCGUUAAUGGUACAAUUUUUUGUAGUGUUGCCACUACAUUAGUCUUGCCAAUGCUAAGAGUUUUUCCUGGCAGAGAUGACAUGGAUAUGUGUAGCAACAGAUUGAUAUUACAAAAGGCAUAAAACCAGGAGACUUGAUACUACAUUACUGCAAGAGGCUUGCCAAUGCUUAAUAUUCUACUACUGUUAUUUUAAAUCUGUAGGUAGUACUCUUUCAUGGUGUGGUGCACGUUAAGGUUUCUUUACUAACGUACGCCACCCUUGUCAAUGGCGAGGAAGAAGAAAUCGCAGAAGCUUGAGAUUGUUCAGGUUAAUGAAGAAGCUUCUUCUUUACUUCACCAAGAAGUUUCGAGGCCCAAGAACAAUAACCAACUCAGAAAACAAAUACCCAUUGCUGAUGAACCUUGCGGUAGUGAUGGCUUGGUGACGCCGGCGCCGCCGCCUCAUCCUAGCUCUGGACCACCGUCGAAGGAACUUAUGGACACCAUCCAAGCAUAUCAUGAUUCGAUUAGCGAGUCGCAGUCAGCUCGUACUGGCGUAAAUCGACCGCCACCGUUGGUUGAAGCUUUGGAAGAUUUCUAUGAGGAUAGUCAUCGAAUGGUGGUGGGAAAGGAUAAGGUGGACUUGCUGGUGAGAAGUGUCAAUGAUGCUCUCAAGGAGAUGCAAAAUAGGGGUGCCUUGAAGGAGAAUCAAGGUGUAGAUCUAGCCAAGAAAACAGGGGAUGUCCGUACACAAACAGAGCAUGGGCUGAGUGGUGCCCCACCAGCUCAAAGGCGGCUCAAUAUGGAUCCAAAGCCAUCGGUGAAUCUGUUUAAAGGGAGUAUUCUUCCUGCCAAAGGUAUUGCUCUGAAUUUUAUUGCACCCACAGUUUGUACGUGAUGGAACACCCAUAGAUGUACUUGAUAAGAAUGAAAUACAUAAAAUGAAUGACCUGUGGGGGAAUGCAAUUGUCAUGUAUGUGGUUGGGGAGAAACCUUCUAUUGGUGCUGUAUUUAGAUUCAUUGAAAAAGAAUGGCAUCAAGUUAGCAAACCUCAGAUUUUUCUCCAUGAUGAGGGGUAUUUUGUGAUGAUUAGAUUUCAAUCGAAGAAAGACAAGGAUUCAGUCCUAGUGGCUGGACCUCAUACGUUCUUUGGGAAACCUAUGAUUGUGAAACCUUGGACAGCAAGUUUCAAUUUCCAGGAGGAAAUCUUGAGGGUAGUGCCAGUGUGAGUUAGACUACCUAACUUGCCAUUAAGUUGCAUGGGGGAUGAUUCUUUGAGCAGAAUAGGGAGCUUGCUUGGAGAUCCUUUGUUUGCUGAUGAUUGUACUUCUAAGCAGCAAAUAAUUUCUUUUGCUCGAAUUCUCAUUGAGGUGGAUGUCACUGGUGAAUUGCCUAAAGUUGUGCAGAUACAAGACCCCUUGGGUACCAUUGUUAAGCAGGUUGUUGAGUAUGAGUGGUUACCACCAUACUGUCAUGACUGUAAGAUUGUGGGACAUGAUUGUGCUCAUACCAAAGUAAACACUACAAGGUUUAGGCCAGCUGCUGUUCAGAAAAAAAAAGGUUUUGAGGGUUUGGAAACCUAAAGUUGUGCAACCAGCUCCUUGAUACACUCAUAUUUUAUAUAGUUUUUACCCCCGUCCCGUAUGCACUUUUCACCUCAUUUGAGCUCUUCGGAGCCUAUUUUAGUGCUAAUGUGUGUUGUGUAGUGUCUGUUAGUUGCAGGGCUGUUUUUGAUGAUUAUUGGUCUUUGGAGGCCCGUUUCUUAUCAUUCUUGGAUGACUACACAGAUCCCGAGGCAUUGCGGGAUGAUCUAGCCAGCUUCAAGGGGGCCACGAGCGUCAAACUUGGCCCAAAGGAGUUGGGCAUGGGCCUCAAGUUCAAACUCAAGGCAAAUGCGUCAAAUUGAGCUCAAUACCUGUGACCCCGAUUUUCGCAAACCGGCAGGUUUUGAAGAAUGAAGAGAAGAUCUUUUAGGUGCGAAACCGGCAGGUUUUGGGAAACCUGUGGCUCGGUUUUCGCUACCUGAUGCUUUUGGAAUGCCUCACUUGGCUGAAAACCGGCCGGUUUCUGGAAACCGGGGUGCCCGGUUUUCGGUCCCAUUGCGUCCCUUUUUUACUUAGUUUGCUGCGUAGGAUUAAGGGGAGGCAUAUAUAUUAAUUCAGAGUUUUAGGAUUGUUUUCUACCUCCGAAUUUCGUAUUAUUAUUUUGCUUAGCUUAAAACUUCAAUUUUUAUUU